AUGUCGUCUAUUAAGAAGUCCUCGUCAAAGAGCGGCGAUGCGCCAAAGCGCGACUACACAAAGGCUUUGGGCCCUGCAGUUCCGCGCCUGGCGCGAAUCCCCUCACCAGCGCGUUUCUCCCUGGUCGUCCUGAGCAGCCUUUUUCUGAGCUCGGUGUCGUUUACCCUGAUCUCGAAUCUGUUCGUUGGCGAUCUUAGCCUGGUCAGUAAGCACCUGGAGGAGUGGUGGGAAGUGGGGGGGCUGGUGGCCUGGAAAGCCGUGGAGAUUGGUUUAGCUUGGGUGCUGGGAUUCGACAGCUGGGAUGUCGCAUCUUUCCUAUACGUAACUCACCUGCCCACCUACUCGCUCCUGACAUUCUUCUACGGUGUCCGACCGACGUCCACCAUUGUAUCCUAUGCGAUCACGGUGCUUUCGACGGUGAUACCAUUCUACUUUCUUCGUCGCCCCGCAUCGGUUCAUGAUUUGUCGCACGCACCCUCCGGCGCAGUGGCCAACCGAUCCAUCCUACAAGAUCGCCCCACUACGAUCUACACUACACUCGCCGCAACCUCGAUCUUCACCGUCGUGCUGUACGCAAGCUAUGCAUCUUGGCUUCCCGCCCACCUAGUUGUGCACUUCGACAGCAUCCCCGAUAUCAGCGCUGCGCACGCCGGUCCCGCCGGGCUCCCUGCUCUAUUCUUGACUUUAAUCCCUACUGGCUAUGCCGUGCGCGAUUUUCUUUUCGUCAGCUCUACGGGUCAUGCGACGGAUAAGAUAGUGGAAUCAGAGCAUGCUGAUACCGAAGGCGAACUAUUGGUCUCAGCCGCAUACCGCAAGACUUGGGGCCAGCUGUCAAAUAAGACUCGUAUCCUUACUUCUCGGACCCUUAUGCUUGCCGCUGCUGUGUAUUUCAAUACGAUUGUGCAGGUAGCGGGAACUAUCGACGGUGUUUCGGUUGAGGGAGCGUCUCUAUGGGGUGCGGUCUGGACAUUCGCGACUUUGGUAGUAGGCGCUGUCUUUGGCUGGAUUGAGGCUGUGGAUGGGGUAUGA